AUGGAGGAGUACACGAACGGACUUGAGGAGCUGGUGAAACGACGUACAGGGUUGCUGGAAGAAGCUCAGAAAAAAUCUGAUGAGCUUUUGUCCGAGUUAUUACCAAAAUCUGUAGCCGAGGAGCUCAAAGUGGGACGACGAGUUGAUGCAAAGAAUUACAAAUCGGCUUCUAUUUUAUAUUCUGACAUUGUCGGAUUCACAUCCCUUUGUUCCGAAUCAGAACCGAUGGAGGUGGUGGCACUUUUGAGUGGAAUGUUCCAGAAAUUUGAUCACAUCAUAAGUGUCCACAAUGGAUACAAGAUGGAGACUAUUGGUGAUGCGUACUGUGUUGCUUCCGGAGUUCCAAACCCUAGCAAAACUGAGCACGUUUCGAAUAUCGCGACCAUUGCCCUUUUGCAAAGAGAGGUGUGUUUUAUCAAUAAUUUCCGUCAAACUGACAUAAUAUUAGAAGAAAAAGAAUUCUUUGUUCGAAAAGCAUCCAAAAAUGAUGUACUGUUGUGCGGUACUUAA